ACUCAGCUAUAUGAAUUACAUUAGACUUACAGGAAUAAAUCCGUCAACCAUCAAACACUACAUGUCUGUUUGCUUGUCAGGAGGCCACCAGCUACUCCCAAAUUCUUUGGCGAUUAUCACACUGUCUUUUAAUCUGCACAUGUGGUGCAUAAGGCCAUUUAUUUGAGAAAUUAUCUUGGUUGUCUCAUAUAUCCUAUUACCGCUCUCGUCACAGUUUUAUUUUCAGACAUAAACCCAUCGAGUCAAUCCAGUCCCAAAUAAAUUCGGCCAAACAACAUCGAUAUGGCUGAACUUCAUGGGGAACAUCAAUAUAAGACACCCUCAGGCAACAGACCCAACACCAUUAAACUAGCUCAUCCAUUUCGGCUUCCUUCUGAUCCUGCAAAAAAUCCCAGUGGGAAAUUCUUUGGCACUGCCGAUGUCUCAGCUGCUAUUAAUGGGAUCAUUGCCAGCAGCAACGUCGGUCCUGGCACUGGCAAUGGAAAUGGAAAUGUGGCUUGGAGUUUGCCUCACAGCUCAAUGGGUAAUGCCGACAGCAAUGUGCACAGCACCAUCUCUAACCAACUGGGAUUCAAACAAAGCUCUGUAUCAACAUCAACAGCAGUGCAUCCAAAUAAAACCAAUAACUUGUUUGUAUGUAACUUGAAUAGAUUCAGUCCCUCUGAUUCUUCCACGCCAGAACCAGCAAACCUUUUCAGCAAGAGCGAGAAGACAGCCAGCAACGGUAAGACUGAGCCUACCAACUCACUUGAAUGGGACAGUGAAAACCCCCCUAUCAAAAAAUUUCUCCCUCCGUCUUCGAUAAGACGUGCAUCUGCAUUAUCACCAAGGAACCUCAAACGAGGCACCAGGGGCUCUCCACUCGCUCUAUCGAUCUUCAACAGCGAAAACCGCAACAGUAGAGCUGCUGUUGGCCCUAAAAGUGCCCAUACCCUCCCGAGAGCAUUUCUUGAGAAUAUGGAUCUAAGCAGUCAGCAGAAGAAGCAACCGUCGCAGCAGAUGCCUCUUCUACCGCCAACUGUCAGUUCGGCAAGUCCCCUUAACACAGAUUUUCAACCACUCCUUCGGCCUACCGGCCCAUUCCUAUCCUUGCAGGGGGAAAAAGAAAACCCCAGUCUCGAGCUACUCAAGUUGACUCGUGCCGAUCUGCGAGAGCUAUCGCAGCAUAUCAAAAUCUCGGGUGCGUCGCAACAAGCUUCAGUCCACAAAAUCGAGGCACUGCUUGGGGAGAUACACAAGCAACAAAAGGAGACCUCGGGCGUGUUGGAAAAGAUGCUGCAGCUGAAAGUCGACAAAAAGAAUACAGUAGAUUUCGAGGGGGUUGUCGAUGGAUCGUUGAAAUUCAUGGCUGAAAUUGUGAGUUUUUUGCUUUUCUUUCUUUUUCCUUCUCUCCUUAUCUCGAAAGUUUAAUUGUUCGUUAAGAUACCAUACCAUUUCUCACAUCGAUUAGUUGCUUCUUUGUUUCUUGGUUUUUAUGGUUAUACACCUCAUCCAGUUUUAAUACCUUCCGGACUGAGCAGUUGGUCAAUAAAAUAGCAUGAUCCAUAAAGAAAAAUACAAAACCAUGGUAUAAGUACGAGGCAGAGAUAAAGUUGUCUUAUUUCUUUCUCUUUAUCCUGUCUAGUCUUAUUGAUUUGUUCUCGAUUUUAGUCCACUCUCAAAGUCAACGUUAAUAGUUGAAAGAGUGAAUGCAUAAUCUUAAUGUCAAUGGCAACAAAUUGUCAGUCACAGUAAUAGAUAGAGUCACAUUGAUAGUAUAAACGGCAAUUUGAAGCCAAAAAACUAAAUGGCCAUUGUUCAACACUAUAAAAUAGAUGUUUCCCCUCAAUUUGUGACAUUGACCAGAUGCACACCACUUUUUGACAGCUGUCUCACGGACUAUAUAAAUUGAAAGACCAU